AUGGUGGCGGUGUCACCCCGGCCUGAACUGAACGCUGGGGCUGAGGGGGGGGAGCCUGCCCUGCCCCCGGCCCUGCAGCGCUCCCGCCUGAGGGCCGAGGAGAAGACCCUGGACUUCGAGUUUGAGGUGCUGAGUGCCCAGUUCAACCAGAGGGGCUGCUAUGCCCUGAGGCUCACCGUGGAGAACCCGCUGCUGGAGGGCUCCGGAGCCGGCAUCCGGCUCCGCGUCGAGGCCGGGGCCGCGGUCCGGGGCCGCACCGGCACCACCGACGCCGUGGAGCAGCGGCAGCUCCACCGGAGCCUCUCCUUCCGCAGGAGGAGGUUCACCUUCACCCUCCCCAGAGGUUUCUGCCGGAACGACAGCAGCCACGACGUGAGGCUGCGCAUCGAAGCCCUGCGCCUGCCGGGGAGGGCAGAGAGGGGCAGGAGGAAGAGGAGCAGGAGGGUGGGCGAAGCCUUCUUCGCCAUCUACCCCCGCACCGACCAGCCCAGGACGAAGCUGUCCGCCGGCAGGGACGAGGACUGGUACCGCUACAGCUCCGUGCUGGCUCUGCUGCGGGCGGGCAGCCGGCCGCCGGCCAUGCACUGCGGCCGCCUGGCGUUCGCCGCCUCCCUCCACGAGCACCGGCCCCCCCCGGCCCCAGCGGCACCCCGGCCCCUCUGCCCCAGCCCCCCGGGGGAGAGCCGGCGCCCGGCAGGGGCGGGAGGCGCAGCCCCGGGAUCCCCGGCCCCGGCCCCCGCUGCCUGCCGCCGCCGGCCGCCGCCGCCCGAGGCCGCUUGCCGCUCGCUGCCCCCCGAGGGCCGUGCCCGCUCCCCGCAGAGGCUGAGGGCUGACCCUGCCCUCAGCUCCUCCCCAGAGCUCCUGAGUGGUGAUUCAGCAGCUCAGCAGCCUUCCUCCUCAUCGUCCUCCUCCUCCUCCUCUUCCUCUGUGCCUGCCCUAAGGCUGAGCUGCAGCAGCUUCCACCUCUCCUCCCCGGGCUGCAGCCAGGAUCAGGCCUCUUGGCCAGCACAGGUAUCCAAGUCCCCUGCCAAGACAGAGGAGGCUCUGCAAGCACCGGUGGGCAGGGGGGGACAUGUGGCCAGCCUGGGGAAGGAAGCCAUCACUGUCACCCUCCACGGGGCCAGCAACCUGCCCCCCACUCGGGAUGGCCGUGUGCCGUGGCCCUACGUCGUGGUUGAGACCAGCAGAGGGGAGGAGCAGGGGGCGACCCACGCCUCCAAGGUGCCCACCCAUGCACCCACCUGGGAGGAGGAGGUGACGGUGGAAAUGGCUGCAGAAGAUGCAGGCUGGGCAGCCCUGACUCUCACUGUGGCAGACAAAGCCACCAAGGAGGCCCUGGGGACCUUCCAGCUGCCCGUGGGGCACCUCCAGCCCUUCCGGCCCCACCGCUGCAGGCUGGUGCUGCCCAGGGCAGGGCACCCCCUGGGGACAGCCCUGAAUGUCACCAUCAGCCGCAAGAGGAGCUGCAUUCCUCGCUGCCAUGGCUUGAGCUACGUGGCCCUGGAGGUGCUGCUGCAGGGGCUCUCAGGCCCCCUGGGCACCCCCUCUGGAGCUCUUGUUGCUGUGGCCAGAGUUGUGAGCAAUGUUCAGCAGUACAAGCACCUCAUGGAGCACCAUCCCAUGGCCUGUCCUGGCCUCAGCCCCACCACCAUCACAUUCCCAGAGCCUUCAGCUGCAGCCUUCUGUAGUGCCCCAGGUGCCAACCAGGGCUACCCACAGAUGUCCCAGGCAGCUGGACCCCCAGAGAAGCCAACCUGGAACACCUCCUUCCUCUUCCAAGGCCAAGAUGUGGCCACCCUCUUCUCUGCAGACACAGCCCUGGCCAUCGAGUAUUACCCAGCCACAGCCAUCUGGGAUGCUCCUGGGCCUCUCCUGCCCUUGGGGCACUCGGUGCUGCCCCUCACGGGCGGCGUGCUCCGGGAGCUGCUGGCACAGGGCGGUGGGAUGCGUGUGGACGGCCUCACCGUGCAGGGCAUGGACCUCAAAGCCACGUCCGGGGCCAGCCCCACCGUGGGGCUCUGCUUGCAGCUCCUUGCAUCAGAGAGACCAACAGAAUUCCUGACUCCCCUGGGCAGUGAUGCCCUUCCCAGCCUGGACCUCACCACCACCAGCAGGCUCAAGAGGGGUGAGGAGCCCCAUGCAGGCCCUGAGCACCCAUUUGAUUGCCAGCUCCACCAGGAUGCUCCGUGCCUCCCAGCAGCUGAGGCCGUGGCCAGUAUCCUGCCUGGCCAGCAGCCCUUCCCUCCUGAGAUGGGAGCACCCCUGCAGGAGCAGAGGUCCCAGGAGGCCACAGGGGACCACCAGGAGCCAGAGGCAAGCAGCUACCACCUGGCGCUGAGGAGGAUGGCAGGGGACCUCCUGUCCCUGAGGCACCGUGCCACCAGCCUGGAGGUGGAGAACAGGCAGCUGAGGGACAGCCUGGCCUCACAGCAGGAGCUGGGCCAGGCCCUGCUGGGCGACGCUGACCUGGACGUCAUGACCCGCGAGGAGCUGCUGGACAGGCUGGGCACCCUCAGGCGCAAGCUGGCGGCCAGCACGGCGGAGGUGAGGAGGCUGAAGGACCGAGUGCAGCAGCUGCAGAACGAGCUGAUCCGGAAAAACGACCGGGAGAGUGAUCUGGUGCUGCUGCAGAGAGCCCAGCAGCAGCAGCAGGCCACGCUGAGGAGGUGGCAGGAGAAGGUGGCCAGGAGCAAGGGCUUGGAGGAGAUGGUGAGGCAGCAGGAGAAGGUGAUCCAGAUGAUGGAGCAGAUGCUGCAGGAGCAGCUCUCCAGGGUGGGCAGAAGCACUGAGAAGCCAGAGGGGGAUGCUGUCUCCAAGGAGGUGUACACCACCCUGCUGGCCGAGAACCGCAGGCUGCGGGAGGAGCUGGCCAGGGUCCCCCAGCCCCGCAUCGCCCUGCAGCCUCCAGCCCUGCCGGCUGCUUUUGGGGGGGUGGAGAAGCUGUCUCUGAUGGCCAGGCUGGAGGAGGCACAAGCCCGGGGGCGGGUGCUGGAGAGGCAGCUGGAGAGGGCAGCGAGGAGCUGGGGCCGGGAGAAGCAGGAGCUCGGCACUCGCCUGCUGGAGCAGGAGCACGGCUUCCAGCACGGCCCCACCGCGGUGAGCACCCCGGGGGGGUACCAAGGACACCCCACACGGGGGCUGGCUUCUGAUCUUUGGGGAUAG